GGACGCUCUAAUCUCCUUAUCGAACGAACCUAAUACUCUAAUAUGAUUUUCACGAAUUGUACCGAGCAAGCAGACGAAUAGUUUUGUUAAUGGCCGUUCGGAUCACGCUGCUAUAACAUUAAAGCAGCCUCACUGGUGACAACCCCCCCCCCCCCCAAGAAGAAGAAGAACUUAUUAUUUCCAAUGUUUCAAUGGCUUCUAUAUAUUCUGUGGUGAAACUUUAUCUUUCGGUUAAUUGAUUCUUUUGUUUGUUACAUUACUUUUUCGCUGCAUAGAAAAAUUGAAAAAGUUUUUUUUUUGAGUUCAAGAUUCAAAUGCAAAUCAAUAAUGGACGUAAAAAAUAUUCAAAACCGUAGAGUAUGGGUUGGCCACUGUUUAGUAAUAUGCAUUCACUUUGUAGGAAUACUAUCUUUCAUACAUUUCAAUAAGUACUUUUAUAGCAUUGGAUUUUACAAGUACAUAUUAUUAUUAGCAACUGUAUUCCUUGCUGAUCUAUUAAAGUAUUUACUAGUAUAUUCUCAGCUGAAAUACAUUAGUGUUGAGAAAGAAAAAUUGAAUUACUUAGUGAAAGUGAAGAAGAGUAGUAAAAUUAUGAAGAAUACUCUUAAAUUUGUCUUAACUGCAGUUGGAAUAACCAUAGUUUAUCAUAUUGUUAUUGUACUAUUUGGUGCACCUCUUAUUGCUGACUAUGAAAAAACUUUUGUGCUUGCUGCCACUUUAACAAUGCUUACUCUGGUACCAGCAAGCUUAUACAUAGGAAUAAAUAACGUAAUUGACUUGUUAAUUGGCCAUCCUGCUCAAAUUGAAAGGUCUGUCAUAGAUGGUAUCAAAUUAAAUGUGAAGACUGUGUUAUUUGGUACCUGGAUCAGUACAUUUGUUCUGCCAUUGGACUGGGACCAGCCAUGGCAAGCUUGGCCUAUACCUUGCAUUAUCGGCGCAAUGCUUAGCUACUCUGCAGCUCAUUUUAUAGGUUUAAUGAAUAUUUUAAUAGUUAAAUUUAAAAGAAGAACUAGAAAAAUAACUUAAAAAAUUGUUGAAUUUAUUAUUAAAUUAUUCUUGAUAAAUUUGUUUGACUGUAUU